AUGAAUCCAUACAGGUUUCAAUGGAAAGGCACCUGGCAUGCUUUAACACGAACAUUUGGCAAAGAUUAUAUGAUAAGUAUGCUGCUCGUUUUUCCACUAGUCAUGGCUCAUGUCGCACAACCAUUAUUGAUUCGUCAGCUUAUUCUGUAUAUUAAGGGACGAAUAGCAUGCCCAGUUUACGUGGCAUAUCUAUUAGCGUUUGCUCUUUUUAUUUCUACUAUUGUACAAGCUAUUGUUUCUCAACAAAUCUUCUUUCAAAAUAAUCGUGUUGGUAUGCGAAUUCGCAACACCAUGUCAUCUACCAUCUACAGACAUUUAUUAACCAUCAACACCAGUGCUCUUUAUCAGACCACUGCCGCUCAGCUGGUAAACUUAGUCGCAAAUGACGUUGGCAAAUUUGAAGAAUUGAGUACAUUCAUUCAUGGCACCCUCUUAGUACCACUGGAAGCUCUGAUCACUUUUGCGCUUCUUUGGUGGUACAUUGGUUUACCGACACUAUUUGGCUAUGCAGUGCUACUUUUAAUGAUACCCGCACAACUCAUUUUCAGUAGGCAAUUCAGUCGAUACCGAAAGACGACGAUGUCAUGUACAGAUAGGCGCGUGCAAACGAUCAAUGAACUUAUCAAUGGAUGUCAAAUUAUUAAAAUGUACAAUUGGGAAAAAGUCAUGGAACAACGAGUACGCGAAACACGUCGACAUGAACUUUCAGGCAUUUACAAAGCCAGUUGUUUAAGAGCUCUCAAUACUGCCCUUGCCUUUACAACGUUACCUUUGAUAUCUCUUGCUACGUUCGGCGGUAGUUGGCUAAUGGGUCGAACUCUACUCUCUGAAGAUAUAUUCACAGCUUUGGCCUUCUUCGUCUUAGUCCGAGCUCCAGUAACUAUUACCAUGCCAUCUUUGAUUGAAAAAUUUAGUGAAGCUCGUGUGUCCGCAAGAAGAAUCGAUCAGUUCAUGCAGCUCAACGUGUUGAUACCAAAACGUGAAAAGGCUGAAAAUGAAGAGCAUGUUAUAAUAAUGGAAGAUGCUUCAUUCUCUUGGAAGGAUGCUCCUUCCUUGUUCUCUUUGAAUAUGCAGAUUAAAAAUGGCAACUUAGUUGGAGUAAAAGGUAUGACUGGUUCUGGAAAGUCGACUUUGUUCAGUGCUAUUCUCGGUGAAAUUAAUCUUAUUAGUGGAAAACUACGUCUACACGUGAACUCGAUAUCUUACGCUCCACAAAUACCAUGGAUAUUUGCUGAUACAAUUCGAGCUAAUAUUCUUCUUGGAAAGACUAUGGAUGAACAACGUUACAAGAGCAUAAUAAACGCAUGCUGUCUUGACGUUGACCUGGAGAAUUUUGGCGAAGUUGGUGAUCUGUUGAUCAUCGGUGACAAGGGUGUUAGCAUAAGUGGCGGACAACGGGCUCGUAUAUCACUCGCUCGAGCUCUCUACGCUGAUGCUGACUUAUAUUUACUUGACGAUCCACUUGCGGCCGUUGAUCCAAAAGUAGCGAAGAACAUUUUCGAUCAGUGCAUUGGCCCACGCGGUCUACUUCGUGGAAAGUCUCGAAUAUUAGUUACUCAUCAAACACAAUUUUUGGUUGAGGUAGAUCAAAUGAUGGUCAUGACGAAUGGUCAUAUGGAAGAAGUCCAAAUCGAACAACAAUCUACCAUUCAAUCAUCCGACGAGAAAGAACACGUAGACUGGAAGCUAAAUACUACUGUAACUGACAAAAAUUCGAUUAUCAAGAAUGAGGCAUUAGCAGACGGUGGUAUCAAAUGGAGUAUUUGGCUCAAACUUUUUACUUCACCACCUUUACAUUGGUUCGGCUUGUUUCUGAUGAUCUUUUUAAUGGUAGCCAAUGGAGCAUUAUACGAUUUUACCAAUGUCUGGCUUGCUAUAUGGUCUAGUAAAGAUGACAAAGAACAACGAUCGUCCUUCUAUGCUUACGUCUACUUAGCAGCUAUAUGUAGUACAUUAUUCGUUGCAAUAGUACGUGCUAGUUAUAUCUUCUAUGUAAUGCUAUGUGGCUCAACUUAUCUGCAUAACCGAAUGCUCAAAGGUAUUUUGUAUACUUCUUUGCGUUUCUUCGAAAGUAAUCCCAGUGGACGAAUCUUAAAUCGAGCAAGUAAAGACCAACAAGUGCUGGAUCAAUCUUUGCCUCUAGUUCUAAUUCAGACCAUGCAAUAUCUACUGAUGACUCUUGGUUCUAUUGUAGUCAUCGGAAAAACCAAUCCGUGGGUGCUUUUCAUUCUUCUUCCGUUGGUUCCUAUAGUUCUAUGGCUUCGUCGGUUUUACAUGCACGCAAGUCGUCAACUUAAACGACUCGAAAGUGUAACACGUAGCCCUAUUUAUGCAUUAUUCUCAUCGUCAUUAGACGGACUUACCAGUAUUCGUGCGUUCAAUAUUCAAGACGAUUUUCUAAAUAUGUUUAUCGAAAGACUCGAUGCUAAUGCGCGACCUAGUUUUCUUCUUUCUGCUACUGCACGUUGGUUUGGUUUACGGCUUGAUCUUUCGGCUGCAUUGCUCACCUUGGUGACUUCCCUUCUUGCAGUAGCUCUGCGACAUCAAAUCGAUCCAUCGUCGGCAGCACUUAGCAUUACAUAUUGCAUCACUCUAACAGGCCUCUUUCAAUGGGCCAUACGACAAUCAACUGAAGCUGAAAAUUUCAUGACUAGUGCAGAACGUGUUCAUGAAUAUGGCGAACUAAUACCCGAAAGUCAGCAAGAUAGCAACGAAAAGAAUACUUUUGCUCAACUAGAAAAUAAUUGGCCUUCGCGUGGUAUAAUUGAAUUCAAAGAUUAUAGUUUUCGCUACCGCCCAGAGCUGGAUCCCAUACUCAAAAGUCUAAAUUUACGAAUUGAAUCUGAAGAAAAGAUUGGUAUCAUCGGCAGGACAGGAGCCGGUAAAUCAUCACUUCUUCAAGCACUCUUUCGACUUGUUGAUCAUUCGUCAACCAACGGAACCAUACUCAUUGACAAUAUUGAUAUUAGACAUCUUUCAUUAGAUCGCCUUCGUUCUCAUCUGAGUGUUAUUCCACAAGUGCCGAUACUCUUCUCAGGUACACUUCGUUAUAACAUUGAUCCAUUCGAACAAUAUUCAGAUGAAGAAUGUCUUGCAGCACUUGAAGCUGUUCUACUCGGACAAUUGGUGCGCAAUCAUCCUGAUGGAUUACAUCUUUUUAUAGCUGAGUCAGGAACUAAUCUGAGUGCAGGUGAACGUCAACUGAUUUGUGUAGCACGAGCCAUUUUGAAGAAAAGCAAGAUAUUGUUGAUCGACGAAGCUACUGCAAAUGUCGAUCACGCUACCGAUAGAAUGAUUCAGCAAGUAAUUGCUGAGAAAUUUCGCGAUCGUACUAUAUUAACGAUUGCACAUCGACUGAAUACGGUAGCCAAAAGCGAUCGUAUUUUAGUGUUAGAGCAAGGAGAGAUCAUUUACUUUGAUGUACCAGAUGAUCGUUUUCAGUUAUGUCAUUUUCAAUAA